AUGGUCCCCCUGGUGCUGCUGCACGGAUUCCCCCAGAACUGGUUCUGCUGGCGGCACCUGAUGCGGGAGCUGAGCUCUGGGUUCCGGGUGGUGGCCCUGGUCACUCUGGUCCCCCUGGUGACCCCAUGGUGCCCCUGGUUCUGCUGGCGUCACCUGAUGCGGGAGCUGAGCUCUGGGUUCCGGGUGGUGGCCCUGGUCACUCUGGUGUCCCCUUGGUUCUGCUGGCGUCACCUGAUGCGGGAGCUGAGCGGAAGGUUCCGGGUGGUGGCCCUGGACCUGCGCGGCUGCGGCGCCUCGGACAAACCGCCGGGCAGGGACAGUUANCGGAUUCCCCCAGAACUGGUCACCCAGGGGUCACUCAGGUCACCCAGGGGUCACUCUGGUCACCCCGGGGUCACCACGGCCCCCCUGGUGCUGCUGCUGCACGGAUUCCCCCAGAACUGGUUCUGCUGGCGGCACCUGAUGCGGGAGCUGAGCGGAAGGUUCCGGGUGGUGGCCCUGGACCUGCGCGGCUGCGGCGCCUCGGACAAACCGCCGGGCAGGGACAGUUACCGGCUGGAGCUGCUGCUGGGGGACGUGUGCCAGGCCAUCGAGGCCCUGGGGACACCCCCGGGCCACCCCCGCUGUGUCCUGGUGGGGCACGACUGGGGCGGGGUCCUGGCCUGGGAGGUGGCCGCGCGCCGGCCCGGCCUGGUGGAGAAGCUGGUGGUGAUGGACGCCCCUCACCGCGGAGCCAUGGCAGAUUUCACGGCCCAGCACCCGUCGCAGCUGCUCCGCUCCAGCUACAUCUUCCUCUUCCAGCUGCCCUGGCUGCCCGAGCUGCUCCUGGCCUUGGCUGACUUCCAGGUGAGACCCCUCCCCCUGGCCCCGCCCCAGCCCCACCCCGGCCCCGCCCUGGCCCCACCACGCCCCUGCAGCACCUCCCGCCCCGAGAAGCGUCACCCAUCCUG